AUGAGUGAAGGGCUUAUUCAGAAUUUCGAAUACAUCGGAGCUCAUAUCAAAGAUUACAUUGACGACAAUAAAUUGUUUUCAACGUUCGAAACCGAAGACAUCGCAAAAAUAAUGAAAUUUGCAAAUAUGUCAACAAAAGACUUCAUUACUAUUCUGGAACAGGCACAAACUACAACCAGUGCAAAUAAAUUAUAUUUCUCUACUCGUAAUGCUGGCGUAGCUAUUAAAAACUUUGAAGAUGCAAUUUCUCUUCUUAAAACAUUAAAGGAAUUCCUCAAAAUGAGAAUACUUGAUGGUGUUAUUGAUUUCUUUAUUCAAUCAGAUAAAGAAAAGUCUGAUUUGAUCAACCAGAUACAAAAUCUUCAGGAAAAGUUAAAUACAAUUCAAAAUCAAGAAAGUAACAAAGAAAUUCAAUCAAAAAUUGCAGAACUUAAGAAUUCUGAUAAUUUUGAAAGUGUUUACAAUUUUUUUGAUGAACUUUCAUCUCAAGGAAAUACAAAAGUGAUAUCAAAAGCAUGUGAAGAAGGACUCUGGAAGAUGAAAGGAAAGAUUGGUAUUAAUAUACUUCAUCAAGCAAGUCGAUAUGGAAAUCUCAAACUUGUCAAAUCUCUCAUUGAAUGUAAUUGUAACAUAGAAACACCAAAUGAUACUGGAGUAACUCCACUCAAUAUGGCAUCAGCUUUCAAUCACCUUGAAGUUGUUAAGUAUCUUAUCUCAGUUGGUGCUAAUAAAGAAACAAAGUCUAAUAGUGAAAUGACUCCACUCAUUUGGGAAUCAUUAAAAGGUCAUCUUGAAGUUGUUAAAUAUCUUAUCUCAGUUGGAGCAAAUAAAGAAGCAAAGAAUAAUGAUGUACAUACUCCACUCAUUUGGGCAUCAUUAAAAGGUCAUCUUGAAGUUGUUAAAUAUCUUAUCUCAGUUGGAGCAAAUAAAGAAGCAAAGAAUAAUGAUGGACAUACUCCACUCAUUUAUGCAUCAUGGGAAGGUCAUCUUGAAGUUGUUAAAUAUCUUAUCUCAGUUGGAGCAAAUAAAGAAGCAAAGAAUAAUGAUGGACAUACUCCACUCAUUUGUGCAUCAGGUCAAGGUCAUCUUGAAGUUAUUAAAUAUCUUAUCUCAGUUGGAGCUAAUAAAGAAUCAAAGAAUCAAAUUGGAUUAACUCCACUCAUUAUUGGAUCACAAGAAGGUCAUCUUGAAGUUGUAAAAUAUCUUAUCUCAAUUGGAGCUUAUAUAGAAGCAAAAGAUAACAGUAACAAUACUCCACUCUUCCAUGCAUCAGGAAACGAUCAUCUUGAAGUUGUUAAAUAUCUCAUCUCCGUUGGAGCGAAUAAGGAAGCAAAGAAUAAAAGUGGAUCUACCUCACUCUUUUUGGCAUCAUUUUAUGACCAUCUCGAAGUUGUUAAAUAUCUUAUCUCAGUUGGAGCUAAUAAAGAAGCAAAGGAUAAUAAUGGAUAUACUUCACUCAUUAGGGCAUCAGAUGAUGGUCAUCUUGAAGUUGUUAAAUAUCUCAUCUCCGUUGGAGUCAAUAAAGAAGCAAAGGAUAAUCUUGGACAUACAGCGCUAUAUUACGCAAAGGAUAAUGUUAAAGAUUAUCUAAUAUCUAUUGGAGCCAAAUAA